AUGGAUUUAUUAUUAAAACAAACAUACUCUGGUGAUUUCGAUAAGAAAAGAGAUUACUUUUUGGUGAUUCUCAACGAUUUGUCACUGACAACCACCUACAUAGAUCAAAUGCAGAGAGAAUUGAUUGGUAUGACUAAUCACAAGUUUGAAGAUCAAGAUGAAAUCAAUAUGAUUAUCAUGUGUAUCAAUGGUGAUAGUUUUAAAUAUUUAAAAAAUAGAAUGGAUACUUUAUUAAAAGAUAAUAUAGAUAAAAUUGUACAGAUAUUAUCAAUUCCUAUCAAUCAACUUAUAUGGCCAAUUAAUAAUAUAAUUUAUGAGAUUAGCAAUCAAGACUAUGAAAAAUAUGAAAUCAAUGAUCCAUUCGCUCAAGAUUUCAUCGAAGGUCUAACCAAUCUAUUGCUACCAUACAAAUCUAUUAUGUUGGAGAAUAUUUUCGAUAUAUUGAUUCACAAGUUAUCCACUCAUGUUGCCUUAACAUUGGAAGAUCAUAUUAAACAGAAAAAAUUCAACUUUUUAGGAUCAAUUCAAUUAUCUAAAGAUAUUAGAAAGAUUAUUGAUCAUUUGACACAGAUUACAGCACAACAGAAUGUUAGACACAAGUUUGUUAGACUUCAACAGAUUGUGCAUAUUUUAACUAUGGACAAAGUUACAGAUAUCCUUGAGUACUGGGGACAGGAAGGUUAUCAAUGGAAACUCUCUGCUUUGGAAAUUAAACUUAUACUUGCAAGAAGAUCUGAUUUCCCAAUUCGUGAGUAUCUCUUCCAUAGAUACGAUGCACCUUCUCUAUCUCGGUGUAGGAAAGAAACACAUAGAGGAAUUAGAGCAGAUUAUGGCCCAGAAGGAAACCCAAACACGGCUUUCUCAGGUUUAGAAGGUAUGUCACCUGAGAUUGAAUUGAUAAUGAAAAGUAAAUUCAUAACCAAGGUUGUCUCUUUAAUCAAUUCUCUCUAUCAACCUCGCUACAAUAUUAAUGAAACAUUUGAAGCAAGCAAAACGAUAUUGCACAAUGCUAUUUUCUUGGCAUUUUAA